CCGCGAAGUUGUCCAUCUCUGCCACCUGUUCUAUUGCCAGCUCACAUUACUGUUCCGCGAUGAACGCGGCCCACCCGACCAUCACAAUCGACCUGGUGCUCGACCGGCUGCAGACGAAGGAGGUUCUGCGCGCGAUGCUGCACGCGAUACUGUUCCACCGGCUGUUUGGCACGAUCCGCUCGCGGACGUUCGAGGUGCUUGACGUGACGAUGCCGGGUGUGGACGACGAGGAAAUCAAGCAGCUCGUUGAAGAUAAGGUAGACGCGUUUUGGAAGGGCGUAGAGGGCGAUGCGAACAAGCGCGGACAGAUCUUGGUGACGUUCUCAGAGAAGCGGCCAAGGAAAUCGUGGUUUCUUAUAGGAGAGGAAGAAAUCCCUUGGGAGCAAUGGGUCAUCAACGCAGAGAUCCGCCAACCGUCAGAACGAGAGCGCCAGAAAUUUAAUUCAGACCUUGCCUCGACCUUGACGAAGAGCCUGCAGACGAUGCUGACGCACGCGUCGUCCGAAGGCGGGCGGUCCGCGGUACCUCUCAUUACGAACGCACAGAGCAUCUCGCCGUUCCCUAUCAAGAUUGCCGUCAAGGUUGGCGGGGUCGAGGUGGCGUAAUGUUAUCGCGCAGGGCCGCCGGCCCAAAUUCGGCUCGGCCUGGGGGAGUGGGGUAACCGGUGGACGGGUUGUAGUCCCGGGGAGGGACCAGUCUAUAGUGGGAAUAUGUUGUGGAAGGAAGGAAU